CCAUAACGCGCAGCGCACGUCGGGCAAGCACCAGACGUGUGUUUCACUUUUCCGCGCGAGAGUGCAGAGGGGCUCGCUUGAUACGCGUCGGGGGAAAGCGGGCUAUAAAGACGGUGGCACCUUCGGGGGAAGCAUCCAGUAAAGUCUGGACUUUGACCAGAUCGCGAGAGACCGAACAGACAUGAGAAUUUUGUUUCUCACGGUGUUAACGGGGCUGCUGGCCUUGGCCGUGUGCGAGCGGGAGAAGAAGCUAAGCACGGCUAAGCAGAUCGAAAAUAGCGGAGGCGUGGGGAAGAAACAGGACAAGCGCGGACUGAGUCACAUCGAGGGAGAUUACGGAGGAGGACACGACGACGGCGGUUACGGCGGCGACGAUUACGGCGGUGGCGGCGACUUUGACGGUGGUCACAUCGGCGGAGGAGACAUCGGCGGUCACGACGGUGGAUACGGUGGUGAUCUCGGUGGUGGUUACAGCGGCGGCGGCGGCGGCGGCGGCGGGGGCGGCGGCGACGACGGUGGCAAAAUCAAACAGAUCACGAUCGUGAAGAAUGUGAAGGUACCCUACCCGGUCGAGAAGAAGAUUCACUAUCCGGUAGAGAAGGAAGUACCGUACCCGGUCAAAGUGCCGGUGCCGCAACCCUACCCGGUCGAGAAGAAGAUACCGGUACCGGUGAAGGUUCUGGUGAAGGUACCGGUUCACAUACCGCAACCGUAUCCGGUAGAGAAGAAGGUGCCGUAUCCGGUGCACGUGCCGGUAGAGAGGCCGGUGCCCUACAAGGUGUACGUCCCGCAGCCAUAUCCGGUCGAGAAGAAAAUACCCUACCCGGUGAAGGUGCCGGUACCGGCGCCGUUCCCGGUGGAGAAGCCCGUGCCGUACACAGUGAAGGUUCCGGUGCACGUACCGCAACCCUUCCCUGUGGAGAAGCCGAUACCGUACCCGGUGACAGUGCCCGUGGAGCGACCGUACCCGGUACACGUGGUCAAACCGUACCCGGUGCCGGUCGAGAAGCCGGUGCCUUACCCGGUGGAGAAGAAGGUACCCUACCCAGUCAAGGUCCACGUGGAGCGACCGGUAGGAGUGCCCGUGGAGAAACCAGUGCCUGUGCACGUCAAGAUACCGGUACCGGCGCCGUAUCCGGUGGAGAAGCCGGUGCCCGUUCCGGUGGAGAAGCCGGUACCCUACGCCGUAAAAGUGCCUGUCGAGCGACCGGUACCGGUCCACGUGACGAAGCCGGUGCCUGUGACGGUGCCGAAGCCGGUACCGUACCCCGUGAAAGUGCCGAUAGCGGUACCAGUGCACGACCACCAUCACGACUCUGGUUCCUCGUUCGGUGAUUACGAGUCCAGCUUCGGGGGACACUCGGGAUAUUAGGAUCAAAAGGCAUCGGCAGUGGAGGAUUUCCCGCUCGGCUCCCGAGGAGAAAUUAACGGAUAAGGAAAGAGAUAAAGAGAGAAAAAGAAAGGGGAGGGAGGGAGAAUUCGUUAAUUCGCUAAGCCGAGAAAUUUGGUAUGAGAAUGUUGUGCAUAAAAGAACGAAAAGCUAUAAACAACACGAGAAUGUAAUUAGAAUUAGACUUAUUAGCGGGUUAAUCGUAGAAAUAAGAUGAGAUUCAUGGGCCCAACUUGCGCGCAAGUCCUUCACUGCAUCGCACGAGCGGACGUGUCGGCGCCCACUUUGCAUGUCGCAAUGAUACUUUUUCUACGUUCUUUUCUUUUUUCUUUUUGUUGCCCCUUCGUUUCAACACCAGUCGCGUCACACCGCAGACGAAACACGUCGGAGAAAUGUGACUACUCGUAUAACGAUUAACGGUCGACUUAAUCGGGAGCGUUAACGAAGCGUUUCCUUCACGGCCGCGCGACAAGCGUCUCCGAGAGCUCGAGGUUUCCCUCGCGCGUCCGCGAGGGAAACGCGGACGUAUUUAUUUGCCCACAACUCAACGUCGUGUCCUCUCACGCCGCGAGGAAGAUGAGUUUGCAGAACCGGGCGCUUUUGCGCCGCGAAAGGUGAUUCUGGGUGCCGCGAGUCCGCGCAGACAGCGCUAACGAUUUCUUAGAUAUAGUAACGACACUUAAGUAGACCUACAGACACAUGUUGUACUGUGUGUUUCUUACGAAACGUUUGUAAACGGACGUCUCUGUACGAUGUCUUUCGCUUCUUUCUAAUAAAAACCAAAGAGCAAAA